AGAAUUUGAAUAGUUUUCUGAUAACAGAGUACAGUAUUUUUAAUUAUGUGCAUUGGAAACCCUUAAUAUUCGAUUCUCCGCAUUCGACAUUUCGACAAUUCGAACUGCAACUCAUCGAAAUAUAUUUAUCUAUAGAGGUGUGUGAAGUUCUAUUUCGCACGCGAUUUAAGAAAACAUUUGUGAGGAUAUUUGCUUUUAAAACACUUAUUUCUUAAUAUAACAUCAAAUACAAAAUGUCGGCAAGUAGCAGCGAUGUUAAAACAGAACAAAUUGACUUAGCCAAGCUAAGUUUGGAGCAAUUAAUGCAAAUCAGACAGGAAAUGGAAAAGGAGAUCAACAGCAUUCAGUCUUCAUUGCAAACUCUUUACAAUUGUAAAGCGAAGUAUGCUAGCUCGAAGGAAGCGCUGGAAUCAUUCCAACCUGAGUGGCAAAAUCGUCAAGUUUUGGUGCCACUUACAAGUAGCAUGUAUGUACCUGGACGCAUUAAGGAUCUCGAUAACUUUGUAAUUGAUGUUGGCACAGGCUACUAUGUGGAAAAGAACUUGGAAAGCUCUAAAGACUACUUCAAGAGACGUGUAGAUUAUUUACAAGAACAAAUUGAGAAAAUUGAAAAAAUCCAAAUACAAAAGAGUAGAUUUUUAAAUGCUGUCGCUGGUGUAAUGGAGAUGAAACAACUUGCACUCUCGAAACAGAUGCAACAACAGCAAACUGCAUAAAAACAAAACGUUUUCCUUAAUAUUUCAGCAAAACACUUCACAUAUAACAUGGAAUAAUGAAAGUUUAUUAGCAGAAGCUUGCUUGUAAUGAGUGAAUUCGCCUGCAAAUAAAGAUAAAUGAAAAGCAUUUAAAAACAAA